AUGGAGAAUACCAUUCGACUUCUAGAAUCGAUUCCAUCUGUCUGCAGAGGCAUUCGUUGUUUAAAUAUAAAGAUUCCAUUUUUUGAAAAUAAUCCCGAAGUAACACAAGCAAUCGUAGAAUUAAUCCGAACACAAACUUAUCUCACCGAGUUUAGUCUUGAAGGAAUCAGAAGCGGGGAAUCUAGGGACAUGAUUGGAGCAUUACAUCAAUCGAUCGCAUUAACUUCAAUAAGACUCGAAAACGUUAACGUUACCAACACAACAUUGUUAAAUCUUUCCCUUUGCCAGAAUCUUCAAAGUCUGGCUAUCUUACGAUGCCAAGGACUGACAAUCGACGAGAACAUUGGUAACGAAAACUUAUGGAAUAGAAUUAGGUUUAAUCUAAAAAUAUUGCAUCUCAAAAAUUCUCCCAG